AUGUGUGCAGCUAGAAUACCAAUACCAACAGACUAUUCAAAAUUACUGAUCGCAGCAACAUGCCAUCUUGGAGGACAGAGCUUAAACCACAAAAUGAAAGAUUACACAUACGGUAGAAGACAGGACAAAGUUUACGUGUUCAACUUACAGAAGACAUGGGACAAAUUAGUUUUAGCAGCUCAGAUAAUAGUUAGCUACAAAAACAGAAAGGACAUUGUUGUAGUCAGCAACAAGAAGUUUGGUUACAAGCCAGCAGGAAUAUUUGCAAAGGCAGUAGGAGCCACUCACAUCACCACUAGCUUUGUGCCAGGAACAUUCACCAACAAAGCUUCCAUUAAAGGCAUCUCUGAGCCAAGACUAAUUGUCACUGUAGAUCCAUUCACUGACAAACAGACCAUCACAGAAGCAUCCUUUAUUAACGUGCCAUGCAUCUCCUUAGCCAACACCGAUAAUGAUGUAGACCUAAUUGACUGUGUUAUACCGUGCAACAACAGAUCUGCCACCUCUAUUGGAGCUAUUUUCUUCAUUCUUGGGCAGCUUGUUAAAUACAUGCAGGGAGAUGUCGACAUGACCAGCGAGAUUAGACUCUUAGUUGACUCAUACUUCUACAGAGACCCAGCAGAGAUAGAAGCAGGAAUGGCAGAGAAAGAAAAGCUAAAGGAAGAGGAAGAGAGAGAUAGUGAAGUGGACUGGGAAGAUAAACCAUCUGCAGAAGAGCCAGUACAGGAGUAA